AGAAAAUAAAUUCUAUCUCGUUGACGAAAUCGACCGGUUGACUUUGUCUUCUUCACCGCCUCAAAUCGACCUCGAAUCCGCGCUCGCCCCUCACCGUCCAGAAAGGACUCCAUCGCCGCCUCACGAGCGUCGGUCAAGCACGGCUUUCCGCGGGAUUCGAUAUGGGUAUAACAUGAGAUCCGAGUGCGGAAUUCUGUUCACUCGCUCGUAAUCGAGUGUCCCCAAUUCCAGCGCCGCCAUGUCGUUCGCUUCCCAUAGCGAUUUCGCCGCCGCCGGCGAGGACCCCGGCCGCAAAUCGUUCUUCUGCCACCAGUGCACCCAGACCGUCACCAUCGCCGUCUCCCCCUCCGCCGACCCCCUCUGCCCUCGCUGCAACGACGGCUUCCUCGAGGAGUACGAAAACCCUAGCCCUGGCCUGUCUCGGAGCCCUCCUUUCUUCGCCGAUCCUUUCUCCUCCCUCCUCCCUCUCCUGUUCCCAACCUCCUCCGCCAUUCACACCACCGCCACGGCCGCCCCCACCGCCACCGUCGACCUCCAGAACGCCGACCUCUUCUCGAACCCCUCGACCUCCCCUUCCGGUCCGUCCGAAGAACUGUUCGACCCGUUCGCCUUCUUGAUGAGCCACCUCCAGGAUCUGCAGUCCAGCGGAGCGCAAAUUCAGUUCGUGGUCGAGAGUAGUCCCUCGGAAGGCCGCGGAGGCGGCGGUUUUCGUCUUCCGGCCAAUGUUGGGGAUUACUUCAUCGGCCCAGGUUUGGAGCAGCUGAUCCAGCAGCUUGCAGAGAACGACCCGAACCGUCAUGGGACGCCGCCAGCUUCAAAGUCGGCGGUCGAGAACCUCCCGACCAUCAAAGUCUCGGAGGAGCUGCAGAAUUCCGAGAUGAACCAGUGCGCAGUCUGCCAGGACGAUUUUGAGAUGGAUAUGGAGGUCAAGCAAAUGCCUUGCAAGCAUAUCUAUCACGCAGAUUGCCUCCUGCCAUGGCUUGAGUUGCAUAACUCGUGCCCAGUUUGCCGUCACGAAUUGCCGACCGAUGAUCCUGAUUAUGAGAAUCGGAGAGGCGCGACCCAGGGGAAUGCGCAAGGAGGUGGCGGUGGCACUAGCAGUGGAGGAGGGGAGAACAGGACAUUUCGGAGGAGUUUUAGCAUAAUGUUGCCUUAUGCUUUCAGAGGUAACGACGGAUCGAACUCGGCUUCAGGUGGUGAGUGAUGUGAAUGUGGGAGGCUUCAGGUGAAUCAUUUGAGGAGGGUCGUAAUUGAAAGAUAUCUAGUGCCCUCUCUCUUCUUGCUAAACAGAUACAGUUGGAUUUUUUUUUUCUCUUGCUUGCCUUGGUGGUUUGUUCAUAGACUUGCUUAUGUACUUCUCAUAUAAGGUACAAAUCUCUAUGAUUUCUUGCUUUGACUGGUCUCUGAUGUUCUUUUAACCUGUAGCGAUCAUUUCUUGAUGAGUUUUUGUUCAUUGAUACU